AUGAACGAGCGAACCCGCAGCGCCGGAUCCUCGCGCACGACCAGAAGUGCCGGCCUGGCCGCCGCCAGCAGCAGCAGCGCCAACGGCAGCAAGACGAGCCUCUUCCGGAGCCACUUCAUCAGGCGGCCCAACGCUGCGGCGGCCGAUGCCGAGGGCGGCGAGACGCAGCAGCAGCAGCAGCAGCAGCAGCAGUCCGAGGCGGCGGAGCUGGUGGUGCGCGAUCAGCACGGCGAGGUUGAGAUUGGGAACCCUCCGACACCGGUGGUGGACGACGAGGAGGAGUUGCAGGCGUUGGAGUAUCAGCAGGAGAACGAGAGAGAAAAGCAGCGCUUGGCAGAGGCCAUUCGCCAUUACCAAAUCAGCCACAGCUCCAUGGCCGAUCAACCAGACGCCCUUUUCGAGGCGGUCCGCGAGAGCAACAGGAGCAAGGUCAGCGCAUUGGCCGAAGACAACUGGAUGUUCGAGCCGGAAGAACAGCCGCGCAUAUCAUGA